AUGGGUGCCCGCACAUCAUCCUCGAACAACGAGUCCGCUCAGAAGAGUUCUUACGCCGCGAUGCUGGACUGGGAUAAGGUCGACAAGCCUGAGCUGAUUCUCCAGCGCUUCCCUAGUCGUCGUUCGGUCGUCUAUGGAACGAAAGGCAUGGUCAGCGCGAGUCAGCCUCUCGCAGUGGAAGCUGGUCUGGAGAUCCUGCGCAAAGGAGGAAACGCAGCUGAUGCCGCCGUCGCCACUUCGGCUGCACUCAAUGUCACCGAACCGAGUUGCUGUGGCAUUGGAGGCGAUGCUUUCUGCUUGUUCUGGGACGCAAAGACCAAGAAGGCGUCGGCCAUGAAUGGGAGUGGCAGAGCCCCCUUCAAGUUGAAUAUCGAUUACAUGAACUCACGCGGAGUCAAUGGAACAAUUCCUGUUACCGACUUGAACUCGGUGACCGUUCCAGGUUGUGCCGCCGCUUGGGUUGACUCAGUCGAGAAGUUCGGCAGCGGAAAACUGAGCUUGAGCGAGAUCUUGGAGCCCGCAAUCCGCCUUGCGGAGGAGGGGGUUCCCGUCUCCGAGCUUCACUCAUUUGCCUGGCAGCGCUCUGAAGAGCUGAUCAAGAAGGCAUCGCCCAACGGGAAUGAGAUGCUUCUGGACGGCAAGGCGCCCCUGCCUGGCCAGGUGGUCCAGCUUUCGAACCUUGGCAAGACUUUCCGCGCACUAGCCGAGCAUGGAAAGGAUGGCUUUUACAAGGGUCGCAUUGCCGAGGAGAUCGUCGCGUUGAUCAAGAGCAAAGGCGGCGUCAUGGAGCUCGAGGAUCUUGCAGCGCACCAGACGGACUUCGUCGAGCCGAUCACUCAUACGUUUGCCAACGAAGUCACACUCGUCGAAUGCCCACCAAAUGGUCAAGGGCUAACAGCGCUUAUGGCACUUGGUAUCCUCGAGGAGAUGCAGGAACAGGGCAAGAUCAAGAAUCUACUCGAGAUGGAGCACAACUCAGUCGAGUACCUGCACGCUCUAGUUGAAGCUCUUCGCCUAGCUUUUGCCGACACACAACACUUCGUGGCGGAUCCGAACGUCGUGGCUGUACCUGUCGAGGAGAUGCUUAGUAAAGAGUAUCUCGCCAAACGCGCUGCCUUAUUCGACCCCUCAUCCACCGGAAAGGUCUUCCACGGUAACCCUCUUCAUUCUUCUGAUACUGUAUACUUCAGCGUGACGGACCAGUGGGGCAACGCGUGCAGCUAUAUCCAGUCCAACUAUGCGGGCUUCGGCACAGGAGCGGUUCCGAAGGGCUGUGGCUUCACGUUGCAGAACCGCGGCUCCAACUUUUCGCUGAAAAAGGGCCACCCCAACCAGCUUGAAGGCGGCAAGCGCCCAUAUCACACAAUCAUCCCCGCCCUUGCUCUGCGUGGCGAUGACAUCUGGCUGUCGUACGGCGUAAUGGGAGGAUUCAUGCAGCCACAGGGGCACAUUCAGGUCUUGUUGAACAUGCUUCGCGGUUUCACACCCCAGGCUGCGCUCGACGCACCGCGUUUCUGCAUCUCGGCAGGCUCACCCGAUAGCGUGGUGGAGGGCGCCGAAGAGAAGGCGGGGGAUAUCAACAGCGAGGUCUACUUUGAAGAGGGGAUUGAUACGAAGAUCGUCGAUACACUGCGCGCUAUGGGCCACGACGCCUACACCGCGUCUGGAUUCAAGCGUAGCAUGUUUGGUCGCGGCCAAGUCAUUCAGAAGAUCCAAGACCGUUCAGGGAAACUGGUUUGGGCUGCCGGCUCGGAUCUGCGCGCGGAUGGGCAUGCUGCAGCCCAGAUCUAG